AUGAAGUUCGCUCAGGAAUUCAAGAAAUCACUUCAGCAGGAAGGCUUUCCUCAGAAAUGGGUAGAAUCAGCUAUCCCCUAUGGCCAGUUGAAGAAAUGUCUCAAGAAGGUCACUAGAGAGCUGGACGAGCUUGGCCUGGAUAAAGAUACCCUGGCCCAGCUGGCUGCCGACCAAUCUGCCGCGACAGGUCCAUUCAGUGGCCACCAUCACGGUUGGAAAUACGACCUCAACGGGGAACCAAGCAAGUCCAACCACCUGCGCCCCAAGCUGACUGUCUUUGUUCAUCUGCGCAAUGGCGUCGCUGUUGAUGCCACCCUUUCGCCCUCAACCAGGCAGUUCCUCAGCAGAAUCGCCUCCGACAGGAGGUCCAGCAUAGCAUCCGCGGCUGGUAUCCCCGACGGCCAGGAGGCCACAAGCACCGCCACAGCGCCAGCAUCGAUCCCAGAUGCUUCUAGCGCCGACGAGGGUUCCGAGCCCGAGGACGCCGCCCAGUCCCUGCUGGACUUGCAACCUGCCACCAAGGCGCCCCUGAUGCUGCGCAAGGUCGAGGUGCCGCUGGUGUUUGAUACCGAGUUCUUUGAUAUCUUACAAACGGAUGUCUCCAACCUGGACAUUCUACAGGGACAAGAGCAGGAGAAGCUCAAGGGUGAGAUCGUGGCGCUCGGACAAGAGAUUACAAAAGUCUCGAAGCCUUCGAACGGAAAACGAGCAAAGGAUGACUUGGCGAAAUGGCGCGACAUUUUUGAGCUGUACCUUGAUGCGCGCAUCUUCUUUUCGAAUCGCGAGACCGACCAUGGUGCGAGAAGCAGCGCCCAGGCGACCAAGCAGCUGCAGUGGUUUCAGGAGCAGGUCUUGCAACGCAAACUUGUUCAAGGGCUCAAGUUGCAGCCCAGUCGCGAGGCGUUUAACAAGUUUCUAAACGUCAAUGCCAUGCUGCUGCAAAACCUCAAAUUCCAAGAGAUCAACCAGCUUGCCAUCACAAAGAUCCUCAAGAGCAUGGCUGCUGACUGUUCUAUUUCUCUACUCAAAGAAUUUGAUAAGAGAACGUCCUUGGGUGUCGCCAAGACCUUUCCCGUGGCCGUCCACUCUGAGAAGCUGCUUGCCGGCAGUGUGGCCAAGGACUUGUGCGCACAGGUUUCCAGCGAAAUCAUUUCCAUGGUACCGCAACUUGACGACUACCUGUGUCCCAUUUGCUUCGCCAUUGCAUAUUGGCCCAUUCGACUAAAGUGCGACCACAUCUUUUGCAGUCGGUGUCUGGUCAAGAUGCAGCGAAAAGGGGAGAGAUUCUGUCCGCUCUGCAGGGGCGAUGUCAUCAUGGCGGCCGGUAUGGAGAAUUUUGACGCCGCCCACGCCGCUUUCCUCAAGGAGUACUUUCCACGCGAGGUCAAGGAGAAAAUCAAAGCAAACGAACUUGAGCGCGGCAAGGAGAUAUUCGGGCCCGACUAUACCGACCGGCCAUGCUCGGUCAUGUAG